AUGUUGAGAAGUGCCGCCAGAAUCGGAUCAAGAAGAUCCUCCAGGCUCAUCCCUUCAACCAGAAAGUCUGCUAUCACCACAAUUGCCAAGAGAUACCUCUCGGAAGAACCUAAGGAAGUCUUCACCAAGAUCAAUGAUGCGAAGGAUCCUCAAAGAAGCCAAUUCUUCCAGUACAGUUGGGGAUCUUGGUUGAAAAACGAUAAGGUCGAAAGAGCCAGAAGAGAAACCAGAUUUUCCAUUGAGGGUGCUACCGAGUUCGUCAAGAAGUUGGACCUCACUAAUGGAGAGCUCUCCAUCCCCAAGGUUCUGCCCACAGGAGCAACUCUCUUGCCCCACAACAUCACCAAGGAUGUCUUGGGCGAAGGUGACAUUGAGGUUAAGUCUAUUGCUAGUAUCCACGAAGGAAGACACCACAGAGUUUACCAGUUGUUGCUCAAAAACGACAAGGCUCUUGUCUUGAGAAUCCCAUAUAAGCUUGAAUCAGACUUUGCUAUUGAGAACAAGAUCAAGAGUGAGGUCGCCACAAUGGACUUUUUGUCUGAAAAGUUGGGCUUGGCUGUUCCUAAAGUGUUGGCUUAUGGUGCCACCAAGAACAAUUCCUUGCUGUCUCCUUUCGUUUUGAUGGAGCACAUCGAGGGAGACCUCUUGAUGAAGCAGUGGGACCCAUUGUCUGCUGAUACCGAGGACAACUCUCACUUGAAGAAGGUGAUCGACCCAGUUGCUGACUUUGAGGCUAAGCUCUUGGAGACUUCUUUCAAUAAGAUCGGUUCUCUUUACUUCUUUGACGAUGUCAAGCCUGAGCACCAGAGAACCGAGCCUUACGAAGGUGAGACUGAAGAAAAGUUCAAGAACAGAUGGAGAAUCGGCCCAAUUGUGGAGGGUGUUUACUCUAAGAACAAAAAGCACUUGGCUGCCCAAAAGAUUACCGAAUUGACCGGUCCAUUCGACAAGGACCAGCCACUUGAGGUCGUCAAGUCUGUUGCUAACAUCCAAUUGGAGAGCUUGAAAUCAAGACUCGGAUUGGCUCAGGCUGAUGCUGGUAGCAAGGUGGAGAACAUUGAAGACUUGAAGAAGCAAAUCCAGACAUUUGAGAACUUGAAGACCAUCAGUGACAAGUUGGUUAACCCAUCAUCUCCAGCCAUCAUGAACUGCGCUGAAUUGUUCAAGCCAAGACUUUAUGCUCCAGAUUUGGAUCCAUUGAACGUUAUUGUGCAAAAGGACACUGGUAAGUUGUACUUCCUUGACUUUGAGAACACUUCUAUCAAGCCAUUCAUUUUUGCCAACUACCCAUCGUUUGUUGCAUACCAGGGCGCCAAGAUCUUUAACUUGGAAGAGGAUGUUCCUCGUUACAAGGAAAUGGAUGAUGUCGAAAAGCUGCAGUACGAGUUCAUGUACCACAAGACCAGAAACGAGAGAAUCUGGGAACACGCUUUGAACGACAGAAGACACGACUUGAUUGCCGUGGCAUCUCCUCACCUCAAGCUCUUGAAAGCUCCAUACUUGCAAGCUUUGGACUGCAAGAAUGACAAGGACUACAUGUUCGUCGAAAAUGCUAUUAUUCAGUUGAGAGCCAUGUGGGAUACUUAUGUGGCCAACGAAUUGUCUAACUCUAAGGAAAGCGAGUUCCCUAUUGAUUACAGCGCCGAGUACUUGGAUAAGCAUGCCACUGACUUGGAGAACUACCAGGUUGAGGUAGUCUCUACGCCUUUCGCUGCCACUGGUGGUUGGGUUCCACAGGAUAUGUUCGACGCCUUGAAGAAGGAAGGUAUCAUCGUCCAGGACGAGAACGGUGACUAUUCUGUUAAGACCGAGGAAGCUUUGAAAGAUGCUCCAAAGUCCGAGUAA